AUGCCCAUCUUCAUUCUAUUCUUCACCACACAGUUCUCCAAAUCUUCCAACUUCUUCAUUUCUGCGUCCGUACAAGGGCUUUGGGUAACAAAGAGUUACCGGUGCAGAAAAAUGAGGAGGAGCAAGGCAGAGUUACAAAGUAAAUUCAAGCAGUACAUGUCAAAGCCCAUGAGCAAGGCAGAGUUACAAUGUAAGUUGAAGCAGUACAUGUCAAAGCCCGUGAAAGCUUUAAACAAGGCAAGAGACUUUUACGUGAAGAGCUUGGAGGAAUGUGCUAGUAAGGUAAGUUACGGUGGCGUUAUCGGCUGCCCUGCGUCUCAAGUUUCACGUCUGCCAAGGAGUUUCAGUGUCAACUAUUCAAAGCCGAAUAAUGAAGAGAAAUUCCUGAAUUUCUUAGAAGUUAUGUCGAAGAAGAGAUCAAUGGAGAGUUCGGAGGAGUCAAAUUUGCAGCGAGAGGUGAUGAUUGAUCCGUAUGGUGGUCUGAAGAGAAGUUAUAGUGGUAGCAUUGGCCUGGCGAGAAUUGAUGAGGACAAGCCAUGCUACUUCGAAGAAGAUGCGCUGUAUGCUAGAAGCAGAAGUUACGCUUACAAGAGAAACUAUUAUUGAAGGAUGAAGGAUCGGAAGCUUUUGGUUUUAUGAAUAAAUUGAAAUCAAG